UUUUUUUUUAUAUUGGAUAUGGCUUCUACUUCAACAAAUAGUGGAGGAGUUGUUUACACUGAAAGAGUUAGAAACAAGCGUGUUAUUAAACCUUUAAUUUAUGGUAAUUAUGCUGUAAUUUUUCCUCAGAAAAACAGCAAGGGGCAUACACAUAAAUGGACGAUUUUCAUUCGUCCUUAUGAUCGAGAUGAAGAUUUAUCUAUUUAUAUUCGUAAAGUUCAAUUUCGUCUACACGAGUCUUAUCCAAAUAAUGUUCGGAUCGUUGAGAAGGCUCCAUUCGAGUUGUCAGAGACAGGAUGGGGAGAAUUUGAUAUUCAGAUUAAACUUUAUUUUACUGACGUCAACGAAAAACCUGUAACAAUGUUUCACUAUCUUCGAUUACAUCAACCUCUUAUUGAAUUAAAAAAUGGACAAAAAAUGGUAUUGAAAGAACUUUAUGAUGAGAUUAUAUUUAAUGAACCAACAGAGCCAAUGUAUAGAGCUUUGAUGAAACAUUCAAAUCACAAAAAGGAUUCUCGAUACACUGGCGACACCUUUUCAUCACAAUUUUAUGGGUACUUCCGAACUCCAAAAGAUUUUGAAAUUGAACGUCAAGAGUUGCGAAAUAAAUUGGAGGCAGAGAAUCGCCAAAUAAUUGCUGAAAUUGAGGAUAUGAAGAGGACGUUAAAGGAUGGUUGCGAAUUAUUGGAAAGAUAUCGUAAAAUGCUUAAUGAAUCAGAAGAGAAGGGAGGAGAUGCUGUAAAAAAAGAACAAACGGAAAAAGAAAAUUCUUAA